AUGUUUUAAUUGGUUAAUAACGGGAUAAUUAUGGGAGAAUAAGGGUUGGAUCAAAUUGCUUUUGGGACAAUGACACCAAAAAGUGUGUUUCAGAAGUCUUUUUAAACGAUUCAUUAUUGUAUUUGGAAACAGUUGAUGCUCUCUGCCUUUAUUGACUUUUUUUAAGAUAAGCUAUUAAAUCAGAAAUAGUUGGUCUUUAUAUAUAUAUAGUUGUGGAUAUAACUAAUUGAAAUUAAUCCUAACACAGAUAUGAUUGAGUAUUUUGAAAUUGAAGAACAAAAAUCCUAUUAAAAAUUAAAGAGAAAGUUUGUAAAAUUGAAUCUAGUAUCCUAUUUCAUCUAAAAUAAUAAUCAAACAUACAAAAUCCACCCUUUUGUAGAUGUAAAUUUAAAUAAUUAUUUCUGA